CACCUUGGCGUCGGGUGCUCCCCGACUUGAAAACAUUUUCCGUCUUGCAGUUGCUCUUCGAGUUACUAACUUCGAAAGCCAUGAUGAAAUUAGUUGGGAUUGUCUAGUCUGCCAGGCAAUCGCACACAAUGAACCAGCCCUGCCGAGGAUUUCGCCCACAUCCGUGGAGGAAAGGGAUCUGCAUCGACUGUUUUUGUCAGGAAAACACACACGUGUUUGAACUUUCUAGAAAAUCUGUGGGCUCCGCUUUUGAGCAUGAGUCAAGAACAGGAGUUGGCGGCAGGCGCUGCGGAAGGCUGUCCAGAGGCGACAUUGACAAGUCCACCACCCCCGAUCUCAGUCCGAAGAAACUGUCUGCUUCUAGCCCGGUGUCCGCUCGUAUACAAGCCUUGAGGAAAAUCAAUGAAAGUUCUCAAGUUUCGUCAACAUUUACGUAUGAACGGCCGCUGAGACGGAAAACGGACACGGAGAGUGGUUAUGACACUGUGCCCACGACACGUCAUUCAUCAGCUGAUGGAGUAGAACCCCAGCAGCCCUCCUCUUUGCCAGCGGAAGUGUUAAGCACAUUUGACUGUGGACCUUCACCGCCGCGUGGCAGCAGUGUUGUUGGGCAUGUUCUACCUACCCCUACAGACUUCAGUAUUGAUGGCAACCCGGUCGUGCUUGUCAAUCGCACCUCGUUACUGUCAGUUGGUUCAUCGGCCAAUGAUGCAGGUGAGGCGGUGGGCAGCAAGUCUGGGGACGGUGGUGAUGUGAAAUGUGAGCAGCAGCUGCAGCAAUCACCGUCAACCUCAUCCCUUUGCAGCAGUAAAUAUGUCGAGGCGACUGGGGCCUGCCCACGCCCAUGCUUGCUUGCCCUGCGAUCGGAUUCGUUUACCUCGACAGGUGCUGAUACAACCAUGAGCCCGGCUUCGAGUUUGUCUCAUGCAUCCUCACCUAGGGCAUUUUCCGUGCCCUUCACGUCCAGUUUCCAUUUGCUUGGGAAAGUACCUCCGUUUAGGCCAUCGGUUUCAUCAGGAAUGAGCACACCAUCAUCAGAACCCAGUACGCCAGAGAAGCAUCCUGCCAGCAGUCGCCAACGCUCCGCAGAACAACGGCUAUUGUGUUCAAGCAACCCUUCCGGGCUACAUGCACACCAGGAGAGAGAGAGCCUCGGGGACAGCAAUGAGUCGGGCAUCCACCGGUCUGGACCGUGCAUGAAUGUGGCCUGUACGCCGCUGUCGCGAGCAGAGUCCAGCAGUAGCAAAGCCAAGUACGCCGGUGGCAGUACGGCAGAUGUUAGCCGGACUGCAUCUGCCAGCGACACGUGCAUUGAUGAUCCAAAGCAUGGCGAAGAGGACAGUCUGGACACACUAGGCGGCACUGAUGAGCCUCGCCGCUCACUGCCAGGCGACCCACUCAAACCAACCUUCAAGAAAGUCAUUCGCAUGGUGUUUAACAGGAAUCGGAGCAGAGAAAUUAUCAAGCUGAUGAAGCCAAAGGCCAGCAACAGCGUUGACGGCUCUAGUGUCAGCAUCAACUUACCGCCAACUUUAACUGAACCCAGCCCAUCGCAUGACGUCAUGCUUGGACCUUACACGUCCAGACCAACAUCUCCUCCGUCUUCCACUCCAUCUCCUGAGACACCCCGCUCUCGCUCUAGACCGUCGUUGUGGAGAUCGCAUCGAGGGCAUGCGUUCCGCUUCAAAGGCUCGUCAAAGGACCAAAGUCUACAAUCUGAAGAGGGAAUGCCUGAUUUCUAUCCAUCCAGCUCUGCCCCCUGUGCUGCCAGUAACACUACGCCGAAAUUAACCAUGCUGGCAUUGAUGCACCGCGUAUCUACGGACAGUACAUGUUCCAGUGCUGCAGAGCAGAUGGAGCAGUUCUCAACGAGAGACAACCAGAUCUCCUCCAUUCAAGAAGGACUGGCCAGCAUGUGGCGCAACGCCUCGCAUCUGGUCUGGAAGCGGAUGCCGGCCAACAUUGCGAAAUCUGUGUCCGACUGGAAGCAUUUGAAAUUGAUUGGCCAUACCGAUGGUCAGUUUCCAACCACCCUGCUGACCCACUUCGAGCACUGUCGGGAUGGAACCGCCACACGCUUCUCCAUGGAGAUUGAGAUGAUGGUCACCCUAAAGCGAUCCAAGUCGGCUGAAGUUGCACGAGACGCCACGAUUCGCGAGGUCAUGACACCGCAUUUCAACAUACUGCGUCCAUGCGGAAAGGUUAUCCAGCGCUUGCCACUGGAGAUAGAGUGCAAGAUGGACAUGGCCACCAGCGACUGUCUGAGUCACGCCUGCUUCAUCACCGACUCGAUGCACAACUACGUGGGAGGCUACGAGUAUGUUGCCGAGAACCUGAGUGGCAAGAGGCUGAAGGACAAAGAAGAGUGCAUCACGCUGCUCCUGCUGCAGCUUCUGCUGGCACUGGAGCAUGCCCAGUCCUUUGGCAUUGUGCAUCGACACAUUGAUCUGGACAAGAUGAUGAUUGGACCUGUCGAUGGCUUAAGUGGUGACCGAUUGCU